AUGUGGCAAGGCGAGGUCCUUGAUGUUCUUUUUCAACAAAGGCUAGAUAUUGCCAUUGAAGAAAGGAAACCAGAUAGUGUAGGGGAAGAAGAUUGGAAGAUUAUAAACCGUGUCACUUGCGGUACCAUUCAAUCUUACCUUGCAAGAGAACAAAGGUAUCCAUACACGAAGGAAACAUCUGCAAAUAAAUUAUGGAAUUCAUUGGAGGAAAAAUUCUUGAAUAAAAACAGUCAAAAUAAACUUUACAUGAAAAGAAGAUUGUUACGCUUCACUUAUAUUCGUGGUAGCACAAUGAAUGAUCAUAUCACCAGUUUUAAUAAGUUGGCAACAGACUUGCGGAAUAUGGACGUGACUUUUAUGGAUGGAGAUAUGGCCUUAAUGUUGUUAAGUUCACUUCUCGAUGAGUUCGAGCAUCUUGAAAUGACUCUACUGCAUGGGAAUGAUGAAGUAUCUCUCAAAGAAGUUUGUUCUGUCUUAUAUAGUUAUGAAUAA